AUGCAAGUGAGAGAAGGAGAAUUUACAGCACUUAUAUACGGUGCAAUAAAAGAUCAGAAGUAUAAAGAAGCCAUAAACGUACUAAACCAACAACUCCUUACUCACCCAGGCAGCCGAGCAGCCCUCUCUCUUCUUGGUUAUUGCUUUUAUCAGUUACAGGACUUUGUUAGUGCUUCUGAUUGCUAUGAACAGUUAACGCAACUAUUCCCAGAGGUGAAUGAAUAUAGAUUUUAUUUUGCUCAAUCCCUGUAUAAAGCAGAUUUGUUUCAGGCAGCACUGAAAGCUGCAGCUCAAAUCGACAAUCCAGACUUUAGAGAAAAACUCACUAAAUUACAAGCUGCUAUACGUUAUGGUGAAGGAGAUUUGGCUGGUUCACGAAGUUUAGUUGAACAAAAUUUCUCUGGUGAUGUUGAUUCAAUUGUUAAUCUUGGUUGUCUGUUAUACCGUGAAGGUGAUUAUCAAAAGGCAUGUCAACAUUUUCAACAAGCUAUGCAAAUGACUGGAUUUCAACCAACUUUAGCUUAUAAUAUGGCUUUAUGUUAUUAUCAAAUGAAACAAUAUGCUCCAUCAUUGAAAUAUAUUGCUGAUGUAAUUGAACGUGGUAUUAGAGACCAUCCAGAACUUGGUGUUGGUAUGACUACUGAAGGUUUAGAAGUACGCAGUGUUGGUAAUACACUAGCGUUACAUGAAACAGCAUUAAUUGAGACAUUUAAUUUGAAAGCAGCUAUUGAGUUCAAUUUAAAAAACUAUAUUGCUGCAUCUGAAGCAUUAACAGAUAUGCCACCAAGAGCUGAAGAAGAACUUGACCACAUUACACUACAUAAUCAAGCCAUAAUGAAUAUGGAGUCAGAACCAGCUACUGGUUUUCAAAAGCUACAAUUUUUGUUACAACAAGAAACUUUUCCAUCAGAGACAUUUGCAAAUCUUUUACUGUUGUAUAUUAAAUAUGAAUAUUUUGAUCUAGCUGCUGAUGUAAUGGCAGAGAAUGCAUCAUUGGCGUAUGAAUAUUUAUCACCAGAUUUAUUUGAUUUUAUUGAAGCAGUAAUCCUUCGUCAAACAGCACCGCAGGAUGCUUAUAUUCGUCUUGAUCAAAUGGCUACUAAGCAUACAGAACAAUUAAGAAGAUUGACUAAAACAGUUCAAGAAGCUAGACAAGCCCAAGAUGAUGAAGCAGUGAAACGUGCUGUACACGAAUAUGAUAUAGCACUGGAGAAUUACAUACCUGUAUUGAUGCAGCAAGCCAAAAUUUACUGGGAUAUGGAAAAUUAUCAACAGGUAGAGAAAAUAUUUCGUAAAUCUGUUGAAUUCUGUAAUGAUCAUCGUGUAUGGAAGUUGAAUGUAGCUCAUGUGCUAUUUAUGCAAGAGAAUAAAUACAAAGAAGCUAGUGGAUUCUAUGAACCAAUUGUUAAAAGACAGUUUGAUAACUUAUUGAAUAUUAGUGCUGUAAUAUUAGCCAAUCUUUGUGUCACUUAUAUAAUGACAAGUCAAAAUGAAGAUGCUGAAGAAUUGAUGCGUAAAAUUGAAAAAGAAGAAGAAGCUAUUAGUUAUGAAGAUCCAGAAAGGAAAGUAUUUCAUUUAUGUAUCGUGAAUUUAGUCAUUGGAACAUUGUAUUGUGCUAAGGGGAAUUAUGAUUUUGGCAUUAGUCGUGUAAUCAAAAGUCUAGAACCAUAUCAAAAAAAGCUUGGAUCAGAUACAUGGUAUUAUGCCAAACGUUGCUUUCUGUCUUUAAUUGAAAAUAUGUCUAAACAUAUGAUUCUAUUACGAGAUGCCGUUUUAGUCGAUUGCAUACAAUUUUUAGAACAUUGCGAAUUAUAUGGACGUGAUAUAAAAGUGGUGAUUGAACAACCAAUGGAAUCAGUGAAAAUUCAUCCAGGACAAAAUACUGUUACAUAUGAAGCACGUCUAUUGAAAUCACUUUUAUUAGAGUUGAUGCAAGGUUAA